CGAUGUUGAAAAGAAAUUAAUAAACUCUGCUUGCGUAUUUCUCAUUAAUACUUUAAUUACCUGGGUGACGAACGGUUCUAAAAGCCGAGACAAUUAUUUCUGGGUUGAAGUUUUUUAUGCAUAUAUCUGUGUAUCAGUAAUUAACAAUGAUACACCUUUAUUAAUGGACUAAAUUUUACAUUUUUUGUCUAUAAAGAUCAUGACAUAUAUCAACGGAUUUGCAAUGAAUUUUGCGAAAUCAAAUUAAUACUUGGGGAAUCAACUGACAUUUAUUUCAAUUGAAAAUAGCAUUUGUUAGUGAAUAAAAAGGCAAUUUGGAACAAAUCAGAAAGCUUUUCUAUCAACAAGAAGAUGAUGAACUCACCAAAACAAUUCAAUUUACGUCUAUACAGAGAAUUUAUUUCGUAGAAUCGUAAUCAUUAUGUGUUUUUCAAUUUAUAUGCUUUGGUGACAGUGUCAGUGAGCGUUGGCAGGGAACAAGAUGUUUGUCACAUACAGUAUGGACUCAUUAAGGUUUCACAGCUUGUAGAGGGAACCAGAUAAUAACCUGAAAUGGACAUAUGCUCUGUUUCAUUUAGUUUGACUGUGAUCACCUGUUGCGCAAAAAAUUGAUGAAAUAGAAAAAUCCAUAGGUGGAAAUUUACAACGGGAAAUAUCUGUAUUAAUAGCAGAAUAUUUAUGUAUAAUCAAAUGGGCUUUGUUUACUCUGAUGUUGAACAUUCGGAUGAAGUUUUUUAUAAGGUUAUGCUGAUAGGAGAUAGUGGAGUAGGUAAAACUUGUCUCCUAGUACGCUUCAAAGAUGGUGCUUUUUUAUCUGGAAGCUUUAUUUCUACAGUUGGUAUUGAUUUCAGGAACAAAGUUGUUGAUGUAGAAGGAACAAAAGUAAAGUUACAGAUUUGGGACACAGCAGGUCAAGAAAGAUUUAGGAGUGUUACACAUGCCUAUUACAGAGAUGCUCAUGCAUUACUGCUGUUAUAUGAUGUUACAAAUAAAGCCAGCUUUGACAAUAUAAGAGCAUGGCUUGGAGAAAUAAAUGAAUAUGCUCAGGAAGAUGUAGUUAUAAUGUUACUAGGGAAUAAAGCUGAUAUGGCCGGAGAACGAAUGAUUAGAACUGAAGAUGGAGAAAAAUUAGCGAAGGAAUAUAAUGUAGCAUUUAUGGAAACUAGUGCUAAGACUGGAAUGAAUGUAGAUCUGGCUUUUAUGGCUGUUGCCAAAGAUCUGAAAAUGAAAAAGACAAGAAAACCUGCCGACCCAAAAUUUAAUGUUGCUGAAUAUGUUUUACAAGAGAGAAAAUCGGGAGGAUGUUGUGGAAGUUAACCAUUAGAUUUAAAUCAAUUAGAUUGACCUUGACUGCUAAUUAAUGCUCAUGAUACUGUUUUUAUUCAUUGGUGCAUAAAGGCAUUAAUAUAGAUUGUUUAAAAUAUUUAUUUUUAUAAUAAUUGCAGGGUAUUUUAAAAUGCCUGAUAUUGUCAUUUCAUUACAAAAUGAAGGCUGAACAUUUUUUGUGGAAUUAGAAACAGAUCUUAAUUAAGGAUGCUUGCUACUCUGUUUCAAAAUAACAAGCUUUUUAAAAGACUGUUAUAAAUGGAAAGUAUAUAAACAAAGGAAAUAAAAAAGCAGAAAAAAAUGAAGGGUCCGUGACUUUGUUUUUGAGAUAUAAGCCAUUGAAAAAUUGACGGGAAAUGGUUCUCUCUAGAUUUUUCAUACAUUUAACAUUGGCACCUUUUUUCUUUCAAAAACUAUGAAUAAGUAACAAGUAUUUUAUAAGAUUUUCAUAUAUGGCUUUUUAAAGUAAAUAUAAUAAAAUUAUGGAAAGAAAAGAAGGGGUUAGUGGGCAAUAUAUUUAUUAGCACUUAAUGCAUAAAACCAGUGGAUCUCGAUAUCUGACAAAAAUUCAAAAACUAGAGGAGCAAUCAUCCUUAAUGCUACUUCAUUGUUAUGAUGAAAAUUAGUUGUUUAUUUAAUAUUUAACUAGAUAAUAGGGAUAACGUGGACCCUUUUGUGAUACAUUUCAAAGCAUGUCUAGUACAUGUACUACUUCUCCUUGGAAAAUAAUAUUUUUUGGGCAAAACUUUGAAUAAACAUUGAUUUAAAUUUGUUAUGGAAGAGGAUGCAGUCGAACUAUGUAUGGUCCUGAAGUAGUACAACAAGGCUUAAUUUGUAAAAU